AUGGGUGUCCCUUUUGAUUUCGCGCCCGAGAGGCCUGAACAUAUCGAUGCUAUCCUCAACGGACUCGAUCGUUACAAUCCCGAAACUACCAAUAUCUUCCAGGAAUAUGUGACGCAGCAGUGUGAGGAGAAAACUUAUGAUUGUUAUGCUAAUUUGGCGCUUCUGAAACUCUAUCAAUUCAACCCCCACCUCACCAAGGACGAAACCAUAACCAACAUCCUCGUCAAAUCCCUCACCGUCUUCCCCUCCCCGGACUUCAGCCUCGCACUGCACCUCCUCCCUCCCCACAUCCUUACCCCCAUCUCAUCCUCCUCUGCCCUCCCCGCUGCAGGCGACGCACCCCUCUCGGAAGCCGUACAGAAACUCGCCAUCCUCAACAACCUGCUUUCCGCCGCCAAUUACAGCCAAUUCUGGUCGACGCUCGACUCUGACGAUUUAUACGCCGAUCUCAUUGCCGACGUCAACAGCUUUGAGGAACUCAUCCGCAUCCGCAUCGCCUCCACGAUUUCCCAAUCUGUCCGCGAAAUCCCCAGUUCCGAGUUGGGGAAUUGGCUGGGUAUGAACGGAGAGGCGUUUGAGAAAUUCAUCAAGGAGGUGUGUGGAUGGACCAUCGAGAAUGCUGUCGUCAUCGUUCCAUUAAACAAAGAGAAUGAGGCCAAGGGAACCGUGGUUCGGGAGAAUGUUAAGAUGGAACAAUUCUCGAGGGUAAUUAAGAGAGCUUAUGAACAACCUUGUUAG